CUGACCCCGCCCCCCGCGCACCACCCCCGCUCCUGCCGGCCGGGCCGGGCCUGCCUGCGGUGCUGGGUACCUGCGGCCGGGUCCCUGCGCGGGGCCGGAGCGAGGCGGGCGGGAAAUUCUUCCUAUAUGGAUCAUCCUUCAAGUGAUGGUGAGCCUGGAAGAAGACUACUCUAAGCAAACCCAGGAUGAAUAGGGUGCCAAAUGAUGCAGAAAAUGCUCACAGUAGCAGUGUGGAAUCCUGUCCAUCCUUGCGAGAUGUCCACUCUAUCAACCCGGCACAGCUGAUGGCAAGGAUUGAGUCCUACGAUGGAAGAGAGAAGAAAGGCAUAUCAGAUGUCAGAAGGACUUUCUGUUUGUUUGUUACAUUUGAUCUCUUAUUCAUAACCUUGCUGUGGAUAAUAGAAUUAAAUGUGAAGGGAGGUAUUGAAACUACAUUAGAGAAAGAAGUUCUACAAUAUGACUACUCUUCUUCAUAUUUUGAUAUAUUUCUACUGGCAGUCUUUCGAUUUAAGGUGUUAAUACUUGCAUAUGCAAUGUGCAGACUGCGCCAUUGGUGGGCAAUAGCUUUUACAACAGCAGUGACCAGUGCCUUUUUAUUAGCAAAAGUAAUUAUUUCACAGCUGUUCUCACAGGGUGCUUUUGGCUAUGUGCUGCCCAUAAUAUCCUUCAUUCUUGCCUGGAUUGAAACCUGGUUCUUGGAUUUUAAAGUGUUACCACAAGAAGCUGAAGAAGAAAACAGGUUUUUGAUAGCGCAGGAUGCCUCUGAACGAGCAGCUCUUCUUCACCCAGGAGUCCUCUCUGAUGGGCAGUUCUAUUCUCCUCCUGAAUCUGUAGCAGGAUCUGAUGAAGACUCUGAAGAAAAACAAGACAGUGAAAAACCAGUUGUAUAGCAAUUAUGGAAAAGCAG